AUGCACCCGCCUAGCGAUAUCCUAAAUUCUCGAAUUCGCGCGGUGGUUGGGAAUGGAGCUCCCGGGAGAGGAGGAGCUGCUGUGGGUGGCGCACUUCCCCUGCCACCGCCCUUUCCAUUCAACCACCAUCCCUGCGUCCCUCGCCAUGCUGCUUCUCUGCUCUGCCUCUCCCGCUUCCUUGCAGAAAUAUUGGAGUACGCGCGGUGGCUGGGAAUGGAGCUCCCGGGGGAGGAGGAGCUGCUGUGGGUGGCGCGGCAGGGGCUGAAAUCACCUCUCCCGCCCAACUGGAAGCCCUGUGGCACGGAGGACGGGGAGAUCUACUAUUUCAACUUCCAGACGGGCGAGAGCGUGUGGGAGCACCCCUGUGACGACCACUACCGCGCCGUCUACCACCAAGAGAAGGCCACCCUGCUCCUCGCCCGCUCCCCUGCCCCCUCUGCUGCUGCUGCCGGUGGUGCCAGUGGUGGUGGUGGUGGUUCUGCUGCUGCUUCUGCUCGUGCUGCUGCAGCUGGUGGUGGGAGUGGGGAGGGUGCGGGGAGGAAAGGAGGCUUUGGUGGAGCGGCGGGGCCAGGGGCGGGGGGGAUGAUGGGAGGAGGAGGAGGAGGAGGAGGAGGAGGAGGAGGCUUUGGUGGAGCGGCGGGGCCAGGGGCGGGGGGGAUGAUGGGAGGAGGAGGAGGAGGAGGAGGAGGAGGAGGAGGCAUAGGUGGAGAGACGUAUCGCCAGCAGAAAGGGUCACCUGCACGCGCCCACGCCCAGCAGUCGCAGCUAAGGCCUCCGCAGCAGCAGCAGCAGCAGCAGCAGCAGCAGCAGCAGCAGCUACACCAGCAGCAACGCCAGCAGCAGCAGCAGCAGCAGCAGCAGCCUGCAACAGCAGGAAGCUCAGCAAGCAAAUAUUCAGUGAAGCUUCUACACCAAACCUCCUGGUCCCCCGAACCUCGCUCGGCUCGGCAUUCUGCCGCGGCUGCCAACCUGGCUCGGGCACGCUCCGUGCCUGCUGUGGCGAAUGGCGCGAAAGCCCCUCCUGGUGAAACUGAGGAGGAGGAAGAUUGGAGCAGCUCUGAUGGCGAUGACGAUGGUGGCGAUGGUGGCGAUGGUGGAUUUGUUACCGCUGGCACUGGUGGCGGUGGUAACCCUGUUACCGCUGCUGUUGUGGCACGUGUGGGUGGUGCUACCUCCGCUGCAGGGAAAGCAGCAGGAGGGGUAGGGGAGGGGAAGGGGAGGCGGAGGUCGUUGGAUGAGGCAGGGGAAUGGCGAGGAGGGGAGCGAGGAGGGGGGGAACGAGGGGAACGGGAACGAGGAGGAAGGCAGCGAGGAGGGGAGCAAGAAGGAGCGGGAGGUGGCAGUGGGAGCUUUAAAAGAGUGGAGAGUGGAAGUGGAGGUUCAAAAGCCGUGCUUCGUCUUGGUCCUGCUGGUGGUGAUGCUCCCAGAAUCGGGGGCAGUGGGAGCUUCAAGAGGGCGGAUAGUGCCGAUGCUAACGCGAAGGCCAUGCUUAAAUCCGAGGGAGUAAGAAUAGGAGGGAGUGGGAGCUUCAAGGGGGCUGAUAGUGCCGAUGCUAACGCGAAGGCCAUGCUUAAAACAGAAGGAUCAGGAGCGAGUGAGAAAUUCAAGAGGGCUGAUAGUGCUGAUGCUAGUGCGAGGGGCAUGCUCAAAGCGGAGGGAGUAAGAAUAGGAGGGAGUGGGGGCUUCAAGAGAGCUGAUAGUGCUGAUUCAAGUGCUAAGGGCUUGCUUAAAGCUGACGGAUCAGGAGGGAGUGAGAAAUUCAAGAGGGCUGAUAGUGCCGAUGCUUGCGCGAAGGGCAUGCUUAAAGCCAAGGAUGUGAGACUCGGAGGGAGUGGGAGCUUUAAGAGGGCUGAUAGCGCGGAUGCUAAGGGUGUUCUUCGAAUUGAGGCUCCCAGGAAGGGAGGCAGUGGGGAUUUUAAGAAGGAUUGUACGAGGAAGGAUAGUGGUGGGGAUAGUAAGAGGAAGGGUAGUGGGGAUUUUGCCAAGGGUACUUGUGAAGAGGCAGGUGGGGAGGAGAGAGAAGAAGGCACAGAGUCUGGGCAGGAAGGGAUGGUCAUUUUGGACAUGGGUCGAAGUAAGGAAAGGGCAAAGGGAGUGUACGAGGAUGGUGGUGAUUCAAGGGGGAGACAUGAGUUGGUGUGGGAGGAAAUGCGGGAGGAAAUGCAGAAGGAAUUGCGAGAGGAUAUUGAGAAGGAGAGGGCGCGACUGUGGGAGGUGAUGCGGGCAGAUGUGAUGAACCAAUUAGAGAGCAGGAAGCAGGAGCUGCUUGCUGACGUGGCGAGGAAAGUUGAUGCUGACGUGGCGGAGGAGUAUGAGAGGAUCAGGCAGCAACGGGAGGAGGAGAUUAGGCAACAGGGCGAGGUUGAAGCGGAGGCUAGGGAAUACCGAGCCAAGUUGCUAGCUUCGGUAGAAGAGGAGGAGGCGCGCUUGCGGGGGAAUUUGAGGGAGAGUAAGGCUCGGGAAGUGGCUCGGGCUGAGCGUGAGGUUCGGCGGCUGCAGGAGGAGCUGGAGGUUCGGGCGACCCAGGUGCUAGACUCGUUCCGAACCGACCUGCAGGUUCGGCUGGAAGGGGAGAAGCUGAAGCUGAGGAGAGAAGCAGUGCGAGCAUUGGAGCGUUGGAGAGAGGAACUUGAGAUGAAGGUUCAGAGGAAGGUUCAGGGCAUGAGGAUGGAUUUACAAAUGAAGCUGGAAGCAAAGAGGAGGGAGAUGGAGGUGGUAAUGAGGAAGAAAGUGGAGGAGGAGAGAGUGUGGCGACUGGAACGGCUUAGUCGGGAGUUGAGGGAGGAGGAGACUGAGCUGAGAAGAGGGUGGAAGGAGAAGAUGGAGAGGGAGAAGCAGCGGGUGCUGGGAGGUGGUGGAUCGAGGCGUUCGUUUGAUCUGACGGGAAAAUCAGCUCUGAUGGUGGUGGGGGGUGAGAGGAACGGGCAAGGCGUGGGGCUGAACUUGAGAGAGGAUGAGCAGAGGGUGCUGGGGGGUGCGCCGAGACAUUCGUUCGAUUUGACGGAAAAGUCCCCUCUGAUGCUGGGGGGUUUGAGGAAUGGGCAAGGUGUGGGGCUGAACUUGAGAGAGGAUGAGCAGAUGAUGUUUGGAAACAUGAGGAGUCCUAGUAGGGUUGGAGGAGUGAUGGGGCAACAGCAACAGCGGCACGUGGGGGAGGCAUAUGCCGGGCAGGUGGAAGGAAGUGUAUUGGCCGGGGACUGGAUGGGUCGGGGCAGGAUUGGGCUGGGGUCAGGCGGGAGGAAAUUGAGGAACCGCGGGAAGGGCAAUCGGACGGUGGGGAGCGAAUCUGGCCACGAUCGGACGGUGGAGGAUGCAUUGAAAACGGGGAGCGGCGGAGGGUAUUACUCGGCAUGGGGUGAUUCCGGUUCGGAGGGACUGGGAGAGCUGGGGAAGGGGGAUCUGGGGAGGGUUCAUCUACGAGUGCGGCGCAGAGGGGUUGAGAGCGGUGGAGGGGCGUUUGAUGCUGGAGGAAUCUCGUUUGGGGAGCGGGAGAGCAUGCUGCGUAGCGCCAAGCGGUUUGCAGCGGAGCAGCGGCGGAGCUUGAAGGAGCGAGAGGGGGUGAUGGAGGCGGCUAGGAGGGACUGGAGGAGCCGCAUGGAGGCAGUUCAAGAGCUCUCCGAUCCCGAUGAGAAGAGGCGGAAGGUGCAACACCUGUUGUUCAUCAAAGCAACGCUGGACCAACACGAGAGGGAGUUGAAUGAUGAUGCCAGGAGCGUCCGGCAGCUGAGAAAGAGCUUACUUGCCUUCUCCCGCAAUGCAGCUUCUGCUGGUAGUGGCGGUUUGAGUGGCAGUGGAAAUUUAAGUGCCAUUGGUGGUGUGAAUACGGGGGAUAGUUUUUGGGCUGGGAGUAGGGGAGGCAGUAGAGUGGGUGGAGGUGGGUUUGGAAAGUGCUUAGGAAUUCCGCCAGGUGGCGGCGUGCGAUUGGACCAGAACCGCCCGUUGGUCAGUUUCCCGCCGAGUGCCAUCGUGUCCCCAGCCUCCUCGUUUGCUUCGAUAACGAUCCAAGAAGGGAACCCGGACCUGAGCGAUGUGAGCUACAACUCAGGUUCGGGGGUGAAAGUCCCUGCCGAAGCUGGUGCAGCGGCGAGUUUAGCUGGUGCUAGGGGUGCAGUUGAUGGUGGGGGUGGUGGCCGUGCAUCCUCUCCCUUGUCAUCUCCUGUACGGAGAGAGUUAGGGAAGAGCCUGCUGGGUUUCGAGUCUCCUAAAAAGAGUCCGGUUGAGUGUGCUUUUGAGGCGGUUCAAAAGUCUCCCUUGCCUUCUCCCGUGCGGCAAGAGGUGGGCAAGAGCAUUUUUGGGACGAAGCGUGAAGAGACUAUGGUUGGAUUUGGGAAGGGCGCUGCUGGUUUGACUGCUGCUGCUGCUGCUGCUACUACUGGUGCUGGUGCUGGUGGUGGCGGUGGUGCUGCUGCUGGUGUUGGCAGCAGCCAAGGGACUGGACUGAAAGCGCAAGGACGAAGUGUGGGGGGUGGAAAAGGUAGAGGGGAAGCAGGAGGGAGGGUGGAGGAAAGCAGAGCAACGGCUGGAGAGGCAACGAAGGCAAAGAACACCGCUAGAGGUGUUGCUGAUAACCCUCCACCGAGAAUGCCAACAGCUGCGAAGGAGGGGAGGCGGGGAGAGGGCGACGGGAAGUGGGGCGAAGGGGGGAGGCGGGGAGUGGGCGAGGGGAUGAAUGCAAGUGGCCAGGGAAAGAAUGCCACUGCUUCUAAAAGAGGGCCGGCUUUCGUCGGGAAGGCAGCAUCAGCUGCAGCAGCAGCAGUGACAAGACCAGUGGAAGGCCAAUUAAUGCAGCAGUCAACCCAAAACGAGCCUAUGGAUGCCAUGUUGGGGAAAGGUGCCUGUGUGGAUGGGGACUGGGAGAGGGAUAGAGGGGGAGGGGAGCUUGGCUGGCUCCACAUAGCAGCUCUUCCGUUGCCCAUUGCUCCUCCUCCUGGGCUCCCCAUAGCCCCGCCUGGGCUCCCCAUUGGCCCCCCUGCGCUCCCAAGAACCCCACCUGGGCUCCCCAUCGCUCCCCCUGGAAUCCCCAUCGCUCCCCCUGGGCUCCCCAUAGCCACCCCUGCGCCCCCCAUCACCCCUCCUGGGCUGCCCAUUGUUCCUCCUGGACUUCCCAUCAUUCCCCCUGUGCCCCCCAUAACCCCGCCUGAGCUCCCCAUCACCCCUCUAGGACUUCCCAUAGGCCCCCCUGGGCUCCCCAACACCCCACCUGGGCUCCCCAUAACCCCUCCCCCCAUCAACCCAGCUGCACUUCCCAUAACCCCUCCUGGACUCCCCAUACCUCCCCCAGCGCUCCCCAUACCCCCUACUGGACUUCCCGUCACUCCUCCUGCACUCCCCAUCACUCCCCGAGGGCUCCCCAUAACCCCGCCCUGA